AUGGACCAACAAGAUCACAUGGUCUCGCCAGAGGCCCUUGAUGCCGCCAUCCGAGCUCAGUUUCCUGAUGCGAUACCUGAGGCUCACCCCGAGACAUUCGCUGCCAGACACUUUCAUGACCAGGAGCAGUUCAGGACACAGAAUGGCCUGCAGAACUCACCCACCGGCGACGUGCUCGUCAUUGUCAAACCGCCUGACUAUAUAGAGAAGAGAACGAGCUGCAACGGAGCCCCGUUCAAGGAGGCCCGGCUGCGCCUCGACUACGACGCCAUUGUCAAGACGGGCUCCACGGAUCUAAUAGACAAGCUGCAGAGCGCCAAGUAUCAGAAUAGGAUGAGGCGGCGCAUCAAUGACAUUUCAGAGGGUGUGACACAUGUCCUCGAUCUAUCGCCCUCCCUGGAAGAAGACGACUGCUCUCUGGCGCUGCAGGACCUGACCAUCACAAAGGGUAUCAAGCUAUGGUAUCGCACCAUGUACGGAGCCGAAUCAGUGUCCGCCCGUCUCGUUGGCGGCCACGACGAUGUCUGUUUCUGCCGGGGGGAGAGCGAUGUGGUCGAAGCGCUGCCAAAUCCCAUCCGAGUCACCCCUAUGAUGAACCUGCAGUCUCCGCAGUCUUCUUCAUCGCUGGAGGAGUCCAAAGACGACUGCAUCUACGAUAUGAAGCCUCUGGCAGUCUACCGCGAUAUCAACGACUAUUGCCCGAUACGGCAAGCGGCAAACACCAUACGGCUCUUCCGAGCUAUCGCUGGCGAGGACCUGUUGAUCGACUCUGCGCCGAGGAUGUGGACCUUGGUUGGAUUGUUCAAGAUGUUUGGCAUGACAAAUCAUGAUUUACUCCGCGACAGCAUCACAGCGUGGCUCAUGGCCGAUCCGAAUUCCAUGUUCAUGGAGAUCCUGCCGGAGGAGACGCUCCAUGUUGCAACAGUGUUGGAAAGCCAGGCGAUUGCCGAACCAGCUUACAGGAUUCUUGUUAACGAGAGAGCCAUAGCAGUGGCCGGAGAGCAGUUGACAAGACAACACUUAGCGCAGACCGUCUUCGGUCGACGGUCGUCCGACUGCCUCUCUGGAUCAGAGUUCGGCGAUUCGGUGCUGCGGAUGGUGGAACAUGCCGGAGUCGCAAUGGCAGACCGUGUAAGGACCGCAGUGGACCGCCUCCUGAGCGACGAGUGCUUCAGCGUUCUUGGAAUCCAAGAGUGGAAGAAACUGCUCGCAGUGGGCUUUACCAUUAAACAGAUAGGUCUGAGCCAAGACCUCCCGUUCGUCAAAGCCCUCGGGGUUUUGAUAGAAGGUCUACGGUACUCCUUCCACACAGACGUCUAUGAUGCUCUCUCCGAUGUGCUGCCUCCGGGCUCGGAUAUCUUCGCCGACAGAGUGCGUCGGCAUUACAUCUCGCCUGUAACCAUGUUGAGCUUCCGCGAUGUCUACAAGUUCCUGAAAGAGCAUCAGCGCGCUCUCACACCGUACUUCUGGCAGCAGCUAUCCAACAAACCUGCCGGCUGGCUCAAGUACAAGUCAGCGCUCGGCCCGACCCACUCUCUCGAGUCGCUCACCACGACGUUCAACAAGGAGCUUCGGAACGCUCUGGAGCCCGCCGGUAUCAGCAUCGGCGAGUUCCACCUGUACGAGUUUCAUACGCAGCUGACAGCGGCUGUCCGUCGAUACAUUGCGCCUUACAUCAAGCAGGAAGGCCAGUACCUAAUCACACCGCACCUCCUCUUGACUCUCAAUGACGAGGAGAUGAACUUUCUACGGCUAGGCAGCGAGGCAGUCUUCGACGACAAUGUUCCUCCCACGUGGAUGGGACCAAGCGGACCCGGCCCCGCGUACCAUACCGGCCAAACAAUCGGUAGCGUCUCUGGCUCGUCCACUACGAGCUUCGGCAUGGGAAAGCUUGCCAUUGACGAUGACGACGACGAUACGGCGACCGCGACAGGAGUUCCUGGGAGCAGUGUGGCCCAGGACGGAAUCUCGACAGUCUAUGGACGACAUCGGGUUAUUGCUCCAAGUGCGCAAUCCAUUGUGUCCGAGCAGUUCUCCGCCGGCGACAGUGAGUAUGCGCAAGCGCAGUUUGCGGUGCCGGACGAGCGGCAGGGCCGCGGUAAAGCCCUCGCUGCCCUGGUUGAGGAGGAUGACGAUGACGAUUAUGAAAAGGAGUUUGAGAUGGCCGACGACAGCGACGACGAGACGAUGGGAGAUACCUCGGGGGAAGAAUCAGAGGCCUUCUCCUUUGUAGAGAGUACGACCUAG